UUGCUUCGAAUUUCGAGGAAUGGAUAUUCCGACAAUUUUAUUAUAGACAGUCUACACGUACUUUGAAGGACCUCGGCGGCAACUCCGGUGGCCGCCUCGGGCGCUGAAUUUGUUUACAAACCUCAGCGGACGGUCAGCAGAUUCAUCGUCGUCUCCGCGACUUAAUCCGUUUUCAGGUGAUUCCAUUCCUGAGGAAAUCAACGACGAGAAUUGCACCUCACGAUGUUGCCGAAGUCGAAGAAAGAAAACGUCGACCCCCAGCCGAUGAGGAGAAAACCCUCUCGGGAGAGACGUCGGAGUCGUCGAGAGCUUGAACGCAGAGUCUGGAGGGCGUCGUACCCCAGACUCUGCCCUCCACAGCAGCUUCCAGAAUGUCUUUACGAGAAGUGUCCAGUGCAGCAGGAGAACAUCCAGCCUCAGUCACCUCAAUCGUCCCUCCCAGAGCCCCAGCCCCCCCAGCAAGGCUACUGCCUGGCUCAAGUCCACACACUCCAGACCUCUCACGUGUUGUCCCAGUGGAACCACCAGGGAGAAUUCUCGCAGACCCUGUUGACCACUGGCCAACAGUACAGGAGCUGGUGUUUUUCCUCUGGGAAUUACGCACUCCAGCUUCAACAAGUGGAGCAGACCGUGCAGCAGACGGAGAUCCACUGCGCUGGGACGCAGUAGACGCGAUCAAAGCACAAAUCAGUAGCGAAGUGGUCAAACUGUUCAACUCAAUUCAGUCUUCAGUUGAGUUUUCCAGAAAUAUUUCCGCAUUUA